AUGUCGUCGAGGCAUAGAAUUGAUAUCGGUGAAUCUAAGCCCAGACGGUCAAGGUUUUCUGAUGGACCAGAUAAUCACUCACGUGAUCGCUCGCGCUCCCCAGAUAAUCAGGUCAAACCUAAACAGAAUGCUUCAAAUAAGUCUCCAUUCGCAGCACAAACAAAUCCUUACAACGGCAAAUCGUUUAGUGCGAAAUACUUCGAACUUCUCAGGAAGCGUAUCAAAUUGCCUGUUUGGGAAUAUAAAGAGAAUUUUUUUCAAACGUUAUCGGAGAACCAAGUCACCGUUUUAGUUGGUGAAACAGGUUCUGGAAAAACGACCCAAAUUCCUCAAUGGUGCCUGGAAUGGGUAACUGGACGGUAUCCGACCAAAAAGGCAGUGGCUUGCACUCAGCCUAGACGGGUAGCAGCUAUGUCUGUUGCUCAGCGUGUUUCCGAGGAAAUGGAUGUGGAACUUGGUCAAGAAGUGGGAUACAGUAUUCGAUUCGAGGAUUGCACGUCCUCAAGGACCGUGAUGAAAUACAUGACUGAUGGUAUGCUUUUACGUGAAGGCAUGUCUGAUCCUUUGCUCGAGGCAUACGGUGUUAUUCUUUUGGACGAAGCCCACGAAAGAACCUUGGCUACUGAUAUUUUAAUGGGUCUACUUAAAGAAAUCACAAAGCAAAGAUUAGAUUUAAAAAUAGUUGUCAUGAGUGCGACUUUGGACGCUGGAAAAUUUCAAGAUUACUUUCACAAAGCACCUCUUAUGACCGUGCCCGGUAGAACUCAUCCAGUGGAGAUAUUUUAUACUCCAGAGCCAGAACGUGAUUAUCUCGAAGCAGCUAUCCGUACUGUAAUCCAGAUUCAUAUGUGCGAAGAGAUCGAGGGUGACAUAUUACUGUUUCUGACGGGACAAGAAGAGAUUGAAGAAGCAUGCAAACGUAUCCAGAGAGAAGUAGAUGGUUUGGGCCCGGACGUUGGUGAACUCCGUUGCAUUCCUCUCUACUCUACACUUCCACCAAAUCUUCAACAAAGAAUUUUCGAAUCUCCUCCUCCAAAACGUGCAAAUGGGGCUGUCGGUCGAAAGGUUGUGGUGUCCACAAAUAUUGCAGAGACAUCCCUCACAAUUGAUGGAGUGGUUUUUGUUAUUGACCCAGGUUUCGCAAAGCAAAAAGUCUACAAUCCUCGUAUUCGUGUUGAAUCUCUCUUAGUCACUGCUAUCAGCAAGGCUUCUGCACAACAACGUGCCGGAAGGGCCGGGCGUACAAGACCUGGAAAAUGUUUUAGAUUGUAUACAGAAAAGGCAUAUACAAAUGAGAUGCAAGAGAACACAUAUCCAGAAAUUCUUCGAUCAAACCUGGGUACUGUUGUCCUCCAGUUGAAAAAACUGGGGAUUGAUGAUUUGGUGCAUUUUGACUUUAUGGAUCCUCCCGCUCCGGAAACUCUGAUGCGUGCUCUAGAGUUAUUGAAUUAUUUGGCAGCCCUUGAUGAUGAUGGUAACCUAACCGAUCUAGGAAGUAUGAUGGCUGAGUUCCCACUAGAUCCCCAAUUAGCCAAAAUGGUUAUUGCAUCUUGCGAUUACAACUGUUCAAAUGAAAUUCUGAGCAUCACUUCAAUGUUAUCAGUACCUCAAUGUUUUGUACGCCCUGCCGACUCCAAGAAAACCGCAGACGAAGCCAAAAUGCGUUUCGCUCACAUUGAUGGUGACCACUUAACUAUGUUAAAUGUAUAUCAUGCCUUCAAACAAAAUCAUGAAGAUCCACAGUGGUGUUACGAUAAUUUCAUAAAUUUUCGCUCAUUAAAAUCUGCCGACAACGUUCGGGUACAAUUAUCGCGUAUUAUGGAUCGAUUUUCUCUUCGUCGUUCUAGUACAGACUUCACUUCUCGAGAUUAUUACAUUAACAUUCGAAAAGCUUUAGUAUCUGGUUUUUUCAUGCAGGUUGCUCAUCUUGAACGUACUGGACAUUAUUUAACUGUAAAAGACAAUCAAGUGGUCCAGCUUCACCCCUCUACAGUAAUGGAUCACAAACCGGAAUGGGUGUUAUACAACGAGUUCGUCCUUACAACAAAGAAUUAUAUACGUACAGUGACUGAAGUAAAACCAGAUUGGCUUGUGCGUAUCGCUCCUCAAUAUUAUGAUAUGUCUAAUUUCCCUGAUUGUGAUGCUCGACGGAUACUUGAACGAAUUGUUCACAGGAUUCAAAAUCGUAAACUUCAACAAGAGCAAAAACAAAACCAAGAGCCGAAAUUACAAGCACAAACUUGA